CUAGCAUUAUAAAAGCUCUGGACUGCAAGCUCACAGGUGUCUCCCUAAGAAGAGAAGGCUGCCAUGGAUCCAGUCCUGGUCCUGGUGCUCACUGUCUCCUGUCUGCUUCUCCUCUCACUCUGGAGACAGAGCUCUGGGAGAGGGAAGCUCCCUCCUGGCCCCACUCCUCCCAUUAUUGGAAACAUCCUGCAGAUAGAUGUGAAGGACAUCAGUAAAUCCUUUACCAACUUCUCAAAAGUCUAUGGCCCUGUGUUCACUCUGUAUUUUGGCAAGAAGCCUUCUGUGGUGGUUCAUGGAUAUGAAGCAGUAAAGGAAGUUCUGGAUGACUUUGGAGAGGAGUUUUCAGGAAGGGGUAGCUUCCCAGUUGUUGAAAGAAUGAAUAACGGCCUUGGAGUCGUUUUCAGUAAUGGAAGAACGUGGAAGGAGCUCCGGCGCUUCUCACUUAUGACUUUGAGGAAUUUUGGGAUGGGGAAGAGGAGCAUCGAGGAUCGCAUUCAAGAGGAAGCGCGGUGCCUUGUGGAAGAGUUGAGAAAAACAAAUGGCUCACUCUGUGAUCCCACCUUCAUCCUGAGCUGUGCUCCCUCCAAUGUGAUCUGCUCAGUUAUUUUCCACAAUCGCUUUGAUUAUAAAGAUGAGAAUUUUCUUAACUUGAUGGAGAAAUUAAAUGAAAACUUUAAAAUUUUUAACUCCCCAUGGAUGCAGGUCUGCAAUGCUUUCCCUGUCUUACUUGAUUAUCUCCCAGGAAGCCACAAGAAAGCACUUAAAAAUUUUGCUGAAAUAAAAAGUUAUAUUUUGAAACGUGUGAAAGAACACCAUGAAACACUGGAUAUUGAUAAUCCUCGGGACUUCAUUGACUGUUUCCUGAUCAAAAUGGAACAGGAAAAGAACAAGCCACACUCUGAGUUUACUACUGAAAGCUUGCUGGCUACUGUGACUGAUUUGUUUGUAGCUGGAUCAGAAACCACAAGUACCACCCUGAGAUAUGGGAUCUUGCUCCUCCUGAAGCACACAGAGGUCACAGCUAAAGUCCAGGAAGAGAUUGAUCAUGUAAUUGGCAGACACAGGAGUCCCUGCAUGCAGGACAGGACCCGGAUGCCUUACACAGAUGCAACGGUGCACGAGAUCCAGAGAUACGUUAACCUCAUCCCCAACAAUGUGCCCCAUGCAGCUACCUGUAAUGUUAGAUACAGAAAUUAUGUAAUUCCCAAGGGCACGGAUUUAAUAACAUCACUGACUUCUGUGCUAUACGAUGACAAAGAAUUUCCCAAUGCAAGAAUAUUUGACCCUGGCCAUUUUCUGGAUGAGAAAGGAAACUUUAAGAAGAGUGACUACUUCAUGCCUUUCUCAACAGGAAAGCGGAUGUGCGUGGGAGAGGCCCUGGCUCGAAUGGAGCUGUUUCUGCUUCUGACCACCAUUGUGCAGAAUUUUAAUCUGAAAUCGUUGAUUGACACAAAGGACAUUGAUACUACCCCAUUGGCCAGUACUUUUGGCUGUGUACCACCUUCAUACCAGCUGUGCUUCAUUCCUCGUUAAAGAACAGACUGGCUGAUGCUA